AUGUCCGACUCCCCCCAAUCCCAUACGAAGGAUGUCGAACAAGGUGCACCGUCGGGUGACGAGGAAGCACAAAUGAACGACCCUCAAGACCCACACUCGACCGGGCUCGGCUAUGAGUUCGAGGUUAAAGAGCAAGAUCGGUGGUUGCCCAUAGCCAAUGGUACGUCACGUUUCUCUUAUUCUAUGCUUCCAGAUGCUCGCACUUGCGGCCUUGAUUCGCGUGGGCUUAUAACCGCCCACGCCAACGGUUGCUCCACGCCCAUGUCGGGCCAUUCGUCGCCCAAGUCGUCGCCGCAAGCGCUUCGCGCUUCGUCCUCGUCCAAGAUCGACAGGUCUGAUAUCUACGAUGCUAACAUCCGAAACUUUGCGCCAGUGGCCCGCAUCAUGAAGACUGCGCUCCCAGAGAAUGCGAAGAUCGCCAAAGAGGCGAAGGAGUGUAUGCAAGAAUGUGUGAGCGAGUUCAUCUCGUUCAUCACGAGCGAGGCGUCCGAGAAGUGCCAUCAAGAAAAGAGGAAAACUGUCAAUGGAGAGGACAUCCUCUUCGCUAUGAGCUCCCUUGGGUUUGAGAACUACGCCGAGGCACUCAAGAUUUACCUGACUAAGUACAGAGAGCAGCAAUCGCAGUCUAACAGGGGCGAUAAUCAACAGAACCGGCCCAACAGCCAGGGCUACGGCGCAGCCAGCGGCUCCAAUCCCGCCGCGGCCGGCUUCGGGGCCGGUCUCCCUGGCCAACAGGAAGGCGGAGAUGCGCAGAGCUAUAACCUUUACGGAGCACAGCCUGGGCAUAACGGAGCUGGCACAGACUACUAG